AGAGGGUGAAUCUAGUAAUUGGGGCAGUUCCAAGCAGUUAUAGUCCUCGAAGAUUAAGCAAAAUAUUUUGCCUCAAGUUUGUGACUAUUCAACAUCUGUUAUAUUGGAAAAGGUUUUAAAGUUUAAAGGAAAUAAACACUGCAGAGUCACUACUAGUUUAGAGUGUGUGUGAGGGUUACUGGAUUUGAUUUCACAGAGGAGAAGAGAGAGAGUCAUCAAUGGUGUCUUUGCUACUCUCAGGAUUCUGAGACUUUUUAAAAGCAUUACUGGUUUGCUUUUUGGAUUAGGAUGACAUAGCUCUCUGAAUGUACGUGAAGGUCCUUGUAGAGAGAGAAAAAGUUGAAAAAGUUCCGUUCUUGAAACAUUUGCAGCACUAUUUAUCUCAUGCUCUUUGAUGGUGAAAGAAUUAUGGAUAUUUCUGAUUACACAAGUAUUGUCUUUGAUAAAAUCCGGAAAUUUGAGCCAGAACUUGCUAGAAAGAUAAUUGGCUAUCUCCUAAUGCAAGAUGAUGGUGAACAAGAAAUGGCUAAAUUGGCUUCAUGCCCUGACUAUUUCAUCCAUGAUGUGGCAGUUAAGGCUAAAAAUGAUCUUCAAAGAUUGAAUGCUAAACCAGAUAUGCUUUCAAUUUCACCAACCGUCAACCCUCACCAAGGUUUAGGCCAUUUAUCAGUAAUCUCCCCUAGAACCCCUACUUCGCCAAACUUCCAGCUGCCCCCUGCCUAUUGGGAUCCACAACCUGCUAGCAACAUCAAUCCAGACUUGAUGGCAAUGAAUUACUUGGAUUCCAUCGCAGAACUUCAGAAGCAAACGCAGUUGCUCAUGUUGGAGAACCGUUUAGAUGCUAUAAAUACUGGGAGUGGGGGGAUUGGAAAUGAUUACUAUGGCUUAGAUGCUUCUGCUGCCAAUUUGGAAGUAAAAACUGGGAGAAGAUUUUCUGAAUUUCCGACGAAGAUGUGUCACUACUUCAACAAAGGAUUCUGCAAGCAUGGAACUAGCUGCAGAUUCUAUCAUGGGCAAGUUGUGCCAGAGAAUUACUCUCAGAUGUAUGGAAAUGAUGCUAUCAGUGAUGAUCCGGUGAUUUCCCCGGGGUCGCUAGCGCAAUUAGAGUCAGAAAUCAUUGAGCUCCUAAGAUCAAGAGGCAGUCCAAUGUCAAUUGCUUCGCUACCAAUGGCAUACUAUGAUAAGUAUAAAAAGGUACUGCAAGCAGAUGGUUAUUUAACUGAGAGCCAAAGACAUGGUAAGUCUGGUUAUAGUUUGACAAAGCUUCUCGCGCGACUAAAAAACAGCAUUCGGCUAAUAGGAAGACCUCAUGGCCAGCAUUCAGUGAUUCUGGCUGAAGAUGCUCCCACACAAAUACACAAGGCAGAUUUUGCUCGAAAUAUCAGUGCAUCGCGACAGAUAUAUCUGACGUUCCCAGCUGAUAGCACUUUCACAGAGGAUGAUGUCUCAAACUACUUCAACACAUUUGGACCUGUUGCAGAUGUUAGAAUUCCAAACCAACAGAGAAGGAUGUUUGGAUUUGUGACAUUUGUUCAUUCAGAAACUGUCAAAACUGUUUUGGCUAAGGGGAAUCCCCAUUGUGUUCGGGGUUCUCGAGUGCUUGUGAAACCAUAUCGGGAGAAAGCUAAGCCAAUUGAAAGGAAGUACACUGAUAGAAUUGAGCAUUCUGUUUGUUAUUCACCACAUUUUGUAGAUAUGGACUCUGAACUUAGCCCAGUUCCAAGAAGUUGUGGGGACCAUAGAUCCUUUAGGAGACAGCUAAUUGAAGAGCAAGAGCAAGCCUUGGAACUUCAGAGGAGAAGUCUUGCACAGCUGCAGUUUGUCCAAAAACCUCUCACCACUUCACCUCAUUUUGGCUUCUCUUUGGAUGAGUCAAGAAUUUCAGAUGAUCACUUCAAUUUCCAGCUGGCAGAAGAAUCUUUCAGUUAUCCACUGCAUGACCAGUCCAGGCACAGAGACACCAAUUUCUCUGAUGAGGACAGCAAUCAAGGACUCAAUCUCCCGGACAGUCCUUUCUCAUUUCCAACAGAUAGUGGGAUGUAAACAUUCAUAGUUUCAGAUACGUAUACAAGAAAUAUAGAGUUCAAACAGAUUCAGGCCAGUGGUAGAAGCUUUCUUUUGAUAUACAACACAGUUCUUCUAUUUCUCAACUAGUGCAGAAAUUUAGUCAAAGUUCCAGCAAGUAUAUACAUGAUGAAGAAGAGAUAUUGGAAGAAUUCCCCUCUUCACAAUUGGAAUUGGUGGCUUUAACAAAAGUUUAAUGAUACAUGUAAGAAGGGUAUAGUUUUUUAUUUACAGACAGGUGGUAAAAGGUUUGAUUUUUAGAUUAUAUAGUAAGGACUUUUAUUUAUGAAGUCAUUAGUGGAUGACAAGAACUAGGUAUAUUAUUGUCCAGAGUUUUUAUUAGAUUGAAGAAUCUCUUAGAGUCCGUGUCUAUGCCUGAGGAACUAAUUUACUCACUAUGAACUGCUUCAAUAAUGGCUUAUAGCAAGUUCAUUAUAUGUCGUCCAACUUUAUCAAAAUGUUUGAAGUUAUUUGGAGUCAGUAAUCAAAAUGGUUUGAUUGCAAAUU